GAUUUUUCCAGGACAGAAAAAAGUUGUUUGGCACAGAACUGGGGAACAGUGAAUGAGAUGGAGAAUUGUUAUUCAUGGAAGCAUUGAAGGGUACAGCACAAUGUUGGUCUUUCUUUCUGCAUCUGACAACAAUACCAAAGAAGUUGUGGCCAGACACUUUCUUGCAGCCACAUCUGUUUACGGUAUUCCUUCCAGAAUACGAGUGGGCCUAAAUCAUGAUGGGGAAAACAAUGACAUAUUAUGCAACAUAAUGAAUGUUAUUCGAGGACCUGACAGGAGAUCGGCAAUACGUGGACGAAGUGUCCACAACCAAAGAAUCGAACGGUCAUGGGUGGAUUUGCGGAAUGGAGUCACAAAUGUUUAUUAUGAUUUAUUUCAUUUUCUCGAAGAUCAGCGUCUUCUUGAUAUUGAUAAAGAACAUGAGCUUUGGGCUUUGCACUAUAUAUACAUUCCAAGGGUAAACAGGGAUAUUAUUACUCUUUUUAGAAAUCAGUGGAACAACCAUGGUCUACGAACAGAGCAUCAGCUUUCUCUAAUACAACUCUUUGUGCAAAGAUCUCUACAGCUUUUUUCCACCAAUCUUACUGCUGUGCAGGAGCUGUUUGAAGUUCAAAAUAAUGAAGAAGUUAUGAAUUCUGGGUGGAAUGAAGAUGAAGAUGUAAAUGUACCAGCGGUUACAUGCCCUCUCAGUUCUGAUGCAUUAGAGAAUCUCAAAAGAGAAAUAGAUCCACUUGAUGACAGCAGGGGAGAAUUUGGAAUAGAACUGUUUAGAAGUGUGGUGGAAUUUAUAAUGACAAUUCUCGCAAAUAGCAUAUCAAUGUUUUAUUACCAAAUAAACCAAAAUUGCAUCCAUGAAAUGCAUGAUUUUUAACAAUAAAAAGGUAAUAUUUCAACCAUUUAGGCAUCAUCACCUUCCGUACUGACAUUGCAAUACAUUGUUGUUAACGUAGCAAAUUAGUGUCAGAUCAAUCCCCAAAAUGCGCUAAAAAAUCAACAAUGAAUGGUGCAUUCUGAUUGGGCAGUCAAUCUGAUACAGUGAAGCUCACUCUCUAAAUGUUUUUGGUCUAUGUUUAUAUACCAAGAAUAUUAAGACUUAAAUAUUAAGAUUUACUGUAAAAUUUUUGAAAAAUAAAACAGAAAAAUGUAACUUGCAUAAUACUUUUGUAUUUAUUUAAAUUCUUUCUUCAAACAGCCAAUUAACAUAGCAGAGUGUUGCUGUAUACACAGUACACUAUUUUCGGCAACUGAAUCAGAAACAUCGCCCUCAACAUCCGAGUUUUGGUUUACAUUGAUUGCUAAAGUAAAAAAAAUACUUAAUUCAUGAAAUCCUUAAUUUUUAAAACCAUCCAUUCUCAAAAAUGAAUAUUUGAAUCCGUGUGAAAUAUAUUUAAAUUCAAACACUUGUUUUUUAGAUAUUGUUUUUUAAAAAACAACCGAGUUGAAUACGUACAAAGUUAUGUAAAAACAAAUGACUUUGAUAUGACUAUUUUGUAUUAAAGUACCGUGUAACACUUCCUUACUUACUUUAACCAUUAAAUGAUAGUGAAAUUUAAAAAAUUUAAAAAAAAAUAAAAAUAAUUUUUUUUUUUUUUUUUUUUAAAUUUCCAGAAACAUUAAACACCUAAAUACUACAUAUCUUGAUUUGAAGAGUUCUAUGUUUACGUAAAACUUUUUAAAAAUGUUAUGUUAUGUUCAUGUUAUGCCUCAACUAUAUAUCUCUAUAGGCGAGUACUGUAGAAAAUAAAGUAUAAAAUAACCCUUUAACGGUACUAUUGCUCAACCAAACUUGUCAAACAGGCUGGUGAUUAUAGGCCUGGUUGGUAUGGUAAUAAUAAUCUGUCAUAUGAUGAUGAAAGGUGUGACAGACGAUCGGGCACAGACGUUUUUUUAUAUAUGUAUAUAUAUAUAUAUAUAUAUAUAUAUAUAUAU